CUCUCUCUCUCUCUCUCUCUCUCUCUCUCUCUCUCUCUCUCUCAUAAUAAUUCACACACACACAGUCCUGUGAUUCCAGUGUACGAUCAUGUCAGGCAGGAAAACAAGGCCGCUGAUCGGGAAGUUGUUAACCGCCGGCAACCGCUCCGGCGUUAUGGAAGCCGGCAGCAGCCCAAGAACUCCCUUGGACUUCAAAAUUCUGUCACCCAGAGGAAUCGUGACUUGUGAUAUGAGUGGGGUUGGACUUGGCAUAGUCGCCGCCCUCGAGAAAUCCGGUGACGAUAUCCAGUCGACUUCCCGGUGCAUCUCGAUUCCGGUAACUCAAACUCCAAAGUUCGACGUUGAUGACGAAAGCUUGGAAGAAGAGUACACCAUAGUAACUCGCCACAUGCCAAACAAUUCAUAUACAAAAGUCUACGAUGGUGGAUUCGUAUACGAAGGAUACGUUAGAAGAAACAACGGGAUGAAAGGAGAAGGUUGCUCCCUCUUCGACAUAUCUCCGGCGAGAGUUGAUGUAAAAGGACACCCUGAGCCUGACUUUCUGAGUUUUUGUCAUCUGUGCAAGAAAAAACUCCAUGGGAAAGACAUUUAUAUGUACAGGGGAGAGAAAGCGUUUUGUAGUAUCGAGUGUAGAUGCAGGGAGAUUGGUAUGGAAGAAAUGAGAGAGAAACGUUGUGGAACUGAAGCGGUUUCAAGCUCUCCUUGCGGCGGUGAUCAUGUUCAUGGCCGGAUAUUUUCCACCGGAAUCUUCGCCAUUUAACAAAACUCUUUUCUUCUUCCACAAUUUUGUCAGAUUGUAAUUGGUAAUUAAAACCACCGGAAAGCUCUCAAUUUGAGCAUUUCAUUUGCAAAAAAUACGAACUUUAUAAAAUUCCAUCAUACACAAGAACGAAGAGCUACAUAUAAUAUCAUACACCCAUCAUGAAAGAAUUUAAGAAUUUAAACAUAAGGCAACGAACUUCAAAGCAACCUAAGGUUUGUUUGUUACUCGUAGUACAAACUACAAAGGCGGUUGUGCAGCGGCAACACCAGUAACCACCGUCAUACACCGCCUGUUGACUCCGAAAUGAAACAAAAGCAAAUUCGGCUGGAUCGCUCCAUCUUCUGAUUGGACUUAACUCUUGCAUUAUUUGAGAUAAAAUCAACAGUAAUAUCAUACAACUAAGUGACUUGAUCGAUCACUCAUAAUCUCACAUUUUAAUCAAGUAAAGUGUGGGUGGUGAGAGAAAGUAGGCUUUAAAAGCAAGUUCAAGGCUGUUGUAUCUUCCUUUGACUAAAGGCAUAUGCCCAGUUAACUUUGAUAGGCAGGACAAACCUGCAAGUAGAUGAGGUUAUUCAUUUAUUCACCAGUGUUCUGCAAGCAUAUGCCCAAUUAUUCAUUUCAAAACACUAUAAGAAAUCUAAGGUAUUACAAAACACUACAAAAAAUCAAGGUAUUAGCAACAAAAGGCGACACCGCAAAAGAGUCUAUGUCGUCGCUAAAGCUAUUAGCGGCGAAAAAGUAGUUAUUUCUCACUAUCCGUCACCACUAAUGUCAUCCGUCGCCG